CUUCGCGAUACUCGUGGUCCUCAACCCAACAGGCUUCGCAGCGACGCGCACGACUGCCGCCGACCAUGUCGAACUCAAUGUCAGCCCUGUCGGCGCUGAUGCCAGUGUCGCUGCCAUCGCGCACCUUCUUUGUCAAGUGCAGCCCGAUCCCCAAGACGUUUACCGACCGCCGGGCCGUUUUGAAGUCGUUGCAGAACAUUACCCAAAACGACAUUGAGGUCUUCCGGAAGCUCAAGGACAAUUCGUCGUUCAUCGUCGUCACCACGAAAGCCGAGUCCACAAGGACAGCGAUACACGAGUCCCCGUACCAGCGAACAAUCAUGGGCCAAGACCUAGCCGAUCCCGACAAGCCGAAGCGGGCAACCUGGGGGGAGCUCUAUAAUGUUCGCAGAACCAUAACAACCGCCCUGAAUCCGAUACCUGCCGAGAGGACCGGCGGCCUCGCCCCGCCGAGCUCGCGAGGGUCAGACAUUGAGCAGAAGACGUUCACCAUACACUGUUUCCCGGCAAACAGGAACUUCGACCACAAUGAGACAGUCAGGCAGGAUCCACUGAACGGGCCCUGGCCAGACAGCGGCGGUGUCGAAACCUACAUAUCUGCGUCCUUGAGGCAGACCAUUCCGUCCGGCCAUAUGGCUCCAGGUCUGAGAGACUGGGAGACAGGCCGGCAAAUGUCCCGCGACUCGAGCAGCUUCGCGGAUGAGGAUGUGCAUGGCGCAGCAGCGACCAUUCUCGGCAAGCCAAAGUCGAGAGAAGGCAUGGGCCACAUCCUUGAACGGCUACGCGUUCGCAAGAAGCAGGACGAGACUCCCGAGAUCAUGAAGGGGUUGGCGGCUUUUGCGGAAAGCGUACAGGCUGCAGACGCUGCGCGUCAAGACCCUGAGAUCCCAAACGAGCGUGACGAGCCAACUCUUGUCCCAGAACGUACGCAGCAGGACAAGAUCACAGAGACCGAUGAUCAACGCUGAGGUGCCGCGCAACGAAUGCCAUUGUGUCAUGACCAUCUAAGGUGGCUUGAAACUUGGCCGUUCGAAAGCUAAAGGCUCGCAUCGACAAAACUGGUAGGGCACAUAAGUCUGUCUCCCAACUAGUCCACUACUGGUUGCAACACAUUUCAGCUUUAUGCAAAUGAUGCGGGAUCGGUGCAGUGCUCAAGGCUGGAGGGCCUGUUACUACCUGAGCCCGAGCUUUGAUACAGGCUUGUUCCUGGCGCAGGUGAUGAGUCCAUUUGUGCGGGCAUUGACAGAUUGCCCCUUCCGAGAUGCUCCCACGACAGGGCGCCCCCG